GCGCGCGGCAGUACCGGCAGGCACAGAGGUCAUGGUGGUGGUGGUACUGGCAGGGGUAGAGGCCAUGGCGGCUGUGGUUGUGGUAGCCGGGAUUUUUGGUGGGCUUAUGGUUUUUGAAUUCAUCGGAGAAGAAGAAAGGAGGAGAGUGUCAGUCUCAAAAUUAAUUAGGAAAAGUUUGUUAGUAUUUGUUACUGAUUUUUAUACACGUGUUAAGCGUGCGAGUAGGUGGGAGUAUUACAAUGUGGCGCGGUGCACCAUAUUCUUACUACUUUCUCUCUUCCCAUUGGCCAACAUCAGUAGAAAAUGUAACGACCCCGUCAAAUACUGUUCGUGUUCUUGCUUGCUUGCUCUCUCGCUGCGACUGAAGAGUGAAGAGAAUUUAACAAUACAAGAAAUCUUUCUGGGUUGCGAUAAAGUCAUGAUCUUUGUAGAUGGAGCCCCGUUUCCGGCACGUUCUUCAUCGUUUUCAUCUCCAUCUCCGGGAAGAGAUACCCUACUUGCUUUGAUGGAGCACCCAACUUUGGUGUCUGUUGCUCAUGCCUUCAAGUCUACCAGGGAAACAAAGUUCUCUGCUUCGGCACAGAAGAAAUGGGUGUACGUCUUCCAAAGAGAAUAUGCGACUGUUGACCCUGCACGUGUGGAUUUCGUUGGUACUGAUGAAGCAACGACUUGUGUGGGCCUUGUUAUACGGAACCGGAAAAGUGGAAUGACGUCGAUUGCCCAUAUGGAUUUCCCACAAUCUGUGGAAAAUGGCCUCAAUGAGAUGUUGUCACUGCUUGACUGCAAAGAUGAAUCUGGAUUGGAUGUGCAUUUGCUUGGUGCUUUUGAAGAUGUUUCUACUGAACAUGCUUAUGGUAGCCAACUGUCAGAAAGCAGUGCACAAUCAGAUGGUUAUUCCGUUCCUAUAUGUGCCAAAAUCGUUGAAACUUUGCAGAACAGACAGGAAAAGUUUCACAUUCAUACUCUCUUUGUUCUUGCACAUAACACAAGGAGGGAUUCUCAGGAAAACUCAUACCCCAUUUUCAAUGGACUCCUGGUGGAAACUAACUCUGGAUCCAUCACCCCCGCCAGUUUCGAUAAAAGCUCAAGAUGUCCGGAUGAAAUUGUGAGGAGAAUUCGAGUGUCUGCAUCAUUUAAAGAUCCUAGUUUGCGUGAAAAAUUGUUGGAGACAUAUGAUACACAAACUGAUCGUUUUAUGAUUGCACCAUGCUCUUGGUCUGGACACUAUGUACGUAUUGCUUCAGUACUUCAAGAACUUUCUGAUGCGGAAAUCCUCCACUCAUGUUCCACUUCACCUUCUGCGGAAGGUCCAGAUUUUGUGGAUAAUGGAAGGAGGCAAUGGGACUAUUUGAUUAAACACCCAGACUGGCGUGAGACAUUCCCAAGGAGACAGCCGCGUGUUUUUGGGAGAACAGAUGAUGGAGGCUGGAAAAUGUGCUUACCAUUGCAAGAUAUUCCGCAAGGGUAUGUACACCAGAAAGCAUUGUGUAUUGGUUAGAAUUAAGAUCCAUUUGCUUGAUUUCUUGUUCAUCCAUAGACGGCGAUAUUUUUGCUGGUUGCAUGGGGUCUUGUAUGAAUGUAUUCACCUCAUCUGGUUGAAAUAAGGUACGAUUUGAACUCGUA